AGGCCCCAGCACCCGGUCACCAAGACCCGAGGAGGCCCCAGUCCACCAGGGUCCAGUCCACCAGGGCCCAGACAACCAGGGCCCGAGGCCCCAGGCCACCAGGGCCCAGGCCACCAAGGCCCAGGCCACCAGGACCCACCCAUCAGGGCCCAGGCCACCAGGCCAACAGGGCCCAGACAACCAGGGCCCGAGGCCCCAGGCCACCAGGGCCCAGGCCACCAGGGCCCAGGCCACCAGGGCCCAGGCCACCAAGGCCCAGGCCACCAGGACCCAGCCCAUCAGGGCCCAGGCCACCAGGCCACCAGGCCACCAUGCCACCAGGCCACUGCCCGAGGCCCGAGGCUCUCCAGGCUCCCCUUUCUGAAGCCCAGAGAAAGCGAGAACUGA